UAUUUCUGUUCGGCGCGUUCGCGAAGGUUGAUUAAAUUGUUGACUUUAAAUGUUUGCAUUCAAUUGUUCCAUAUGGUAGUGGUAGCUGUUGUUAUUAUCCAUCCCGACUGCACCAUGUACUGUUGAUGUUGCUGCUGAUUUUCCAACAAAACGCAGAUACAAAAACUACUGCAACAACAACAAAGCGUAUUUAUUGCGGUAGCAGACACAAAAGGGAAGCUUAUCGAUUAGUUUUCCAUCGACAGUCAACGAGCGAGUGAGCUGAGUGGAAAAUCUUUUUUAUUUGACGGUCAAUUGUGCUUAUAAAACAAAAUAAUGUAAAUGAAAACAAGUGCAAAAUGUUAUUGUUGUUUGUGCGCGUGGACGUAAUUGACGGCAAUUGAUGAAUGUUUUGCAGACGUAGCUUUAGGUGGUCCGUGUCUCGUUUGGGACAACAACGCAAAACGCCCAAAAGUGGUUUCUAAUUAACGGUAUUGAAGUGCAUGUGAAUUGAGUAGAAAAAUAAAUAAAAUAUUUAGGUGAAAUAGAAAUAAAAUAAUGCUCAUAAAAGAAAUUUAAAAAGGUGUAACACAAAGGGCGGAAAAUUUGCAAAGAUAAAGUCAGCAAAAGCAAAAAUUUGCAAAUGCAAACGAUAAGAGGCCAUACGUUAAACGGCGUGCAGUGCAAAAAACAACGAAUGUUGAGCAACAACAUAAAGUGAAAAAUUCCAAUAAGAAAUAAGUAGAAUAAAGAAAAUUAGUCCAAAAUAGUCAUUUGUGAAAAUUUAAAAUAAAAUUUAUAUAUCUUAAGACGGUUAAGUGGUAAAUUGUGCGAUUGUUUAAAAUGUGUCAUUUAUAGAAAAUAAUUGUGCAAUUGAAAAGUGUAGUGUCAAAUCAAGCAGCAGUUUUGCAUCGCAUCUGCCCUAAGCAGAUAAAACCAAACAGGGACCAAGCUUUGAGGUGUUGGCGCCGCCGCCUGUCUCUACUGCAGCAAAGCUAAAAUGUGGAUAUCAUCCAACAACAAAUAUGGCGUUGCCAUACACAAUUGGCAUGGUGAUGUCCGUUUUGGUCUGGCGCUCGACGUGGGCGAUUCCGUUGAAAUUCUGGAAGAAUGCAAAAACUGGUAUCGUGGCACAUGUGCGCGAAAGUCGCGCGCUGUCGGAAUCUUCCCCAAAACCUAUAUACACAUUAAGGAUCUGUCGAAAAUUGAUCCAGUAGUCGGUGAAUGUACACAAGUCCUGCGUGAAUGGUCGGAAAUAUGGAAGAAACUUUAUGUGGAUCGAGAAACGUACAAAUUUCACACAUUACGCAAGGUAAUGUUGUCCAUCUUGGAGUGUCGACGCGAGCUGUUAGGUGCCACAUUGACGCAGGACCAAACAUUGGAAUUGCAAACAUUGGUUGUUUCGCGCAUCGAUUGGGGAAAUCGAAAGCUCGGCUUGGAUCAAGUGCCACGUAUCGGUCCACUAGCUGUAGAUCCGCACAACAUCGGCAUUGUAGGUUUGUACAAUGUGCAUGUAUCUAGCGCAGACAAUGCCAAAGCAUCUUCGAGCCGAGGCACGUUGCGUCGCAAAGUUCAACGGAAAAUUCUCACACACCAUUUAUACUUUUGUAUGCGUGAUUUCGGCCACCGUAUCGGCGGCGAUGAUGCUGAGGUAUAUUUCUAUCUAUACGAUGCUAAUCCGAUGCGCAUGCGUGCGUUGUCCGAGCGAUUUCUGGUUAAGAUCUCCAAAGACGGUUUCUCAAAUUACAUAGAAAAAUUGCAUAGCAAUUGUACGGUGUUCACGGAUUUGGGUGCUGUCGAUUUAAAUGAAGACCUACAUUUAGUGGCUGUGGUAAUGCGCGUGGGCAAAAUUAACCCUUCGGAAACGGGCAAAAAGGUGGAAAAGAAUAAUAGCCUCUCUUGCACGGGUCCAACCUAUCGUCGGCCAUUUGGUGUGGGUGUAUUGCCGCUAAACGAUAUUACACAAUAUGACAGCUCAAUUGAGUCGGAGGAGAAAGAGUAUAACUUUAAGAUUUACCAAUGCGAAGAAAAAGACUUCCAUCAACUACACGAAUUAAUUAUUAAGAAAUCCACUGGCAAAUUCUCGCCAAUAACCUCAGGCAAUCAAAAUACACAGGGUAUCGUAGUUUCGUUGAAGCUAUUGCACGGCGGACUCGGACAGGCGCGCCAAGAGCAACCGUUACUCUUUCAAGGCACGACAAUCACACGAAAAAUGGGCUUUCCCGAUGUCAUCAUGCCCGGCGACGUGCGCAACGAUCUCUUUAUUACGCUGGAACGCGCCGAGUUCGAGCGUGGCGGCAAGAAUACCGCAAAAAAUAUACUAACUACCGUGGUUGUUCUCGACACGGCUGGUAAUAUUUUAACGGAAUGUUUGUGGGGCGCUUCGGGCAUGGAUUCGCAGAGCUACUACAAAUCCAUGAUAUUGUAUCAUCAGAACUCUCCCUGUUGGAAUGAAAUGUUGCGCCUGAGUGUGCCCAUAGAUAAGUUCUCCGCUGCGCACGUGCGUUUCGAGUUUCGUCAUUGUUCUACACGCGAUAAAUCGGACCCGAAACUCUUCGGUUUCAGCUUUGCGCGUCUUAUGGAUCCCAGUGGUGCGACACUGACCGAUGGCCAACACGAGUUGUACGUCUACAAGUGUGAAGAUUUGGCCAAACUGCAUGCCGGUAAUUAUCUAAAAUUGCCAAGCAAACCGAAGGAUCCGCACGCCAAAGUGGAUUGCAGUUCCAUAUUCCAUCGUAGUUCAAAGGAAGUUUUUGUCAUUAAAUCACUUUUAUGUUCGACGAAACUCACGCAGAAUGCCGAUCUGCUGUCGCUACUGCAGUGGCGUACAAAUCCCGAGACGAUACAAGACUCACUUACGGGUGUGUUGCGUUUGAACGACGAGGAGCUGGUUAAAUUCCUGCAAGAUGUGCUCGAUGCAUUAUUCGCCAUGUUCUCCAAUGAGGAAGGUAACAGCACUGAGCAUUCGGGUCUGGUCUUUCAUGUGCUCGUCAGCAUUUUCAGCGUCUUGCAAAGCAAUAAAUUCCAACAUUUUCGUCCCGUUAUGAAUGCUUACAUUGAGAAUCACUUCGCAGCCGCGCUCGUCUAUAAGGGUUUGAUAACUUCGGUUGAGCAUAUGGCUGUGUUUAUGACCAAGGCUGAGCAUCCAGAUCCAUUUCAGAAAUGCUUCAGUUCGCUAGAGUACAUCUUUAAGUUGCUGAUACAAUCGCGCAAGCUGUUUGCCCGCGCUACCGGCGGCCAGUAUGAGGACUCGUUCCGCAGAGAUUUGCACUCGCUUUUUACGGCGCUCAACGGUAUGUUGGCGGUGCCAUCCUACGAUGUAAUCAUACCCACACAAGAGGCGCUGCUGAACUCCACCGGCGUGGUGUUGGAGCAGUUGAAGGACACAUUACCCGCGCCGGAGUUGGGUAUGCUGGCACGCAAUAUGCUGGAUGCCAUACCCAGAGAUGCGCCAGUACGUCUGGUGCAGGCCAAGCUGAAUGCGGUUAAGGAUCUGGUGUCUGGCGAGCUAUUUCACGAAGAUGACUCACGCACUGUGGUGCUCUCUGUCGCCUGCAAACAUUUGCGCAUGCACCUUGGUCGCCGCGAUGAGCUACGCCUGUGUGCCGAAAUAAUAUCUGAAAUUCUCAAUCACCUCUACGAUCUGCAGCGUCAGCAGCGCGAAAAAGUCACAAAUACUUUGCAACAUGAUCUGGAUUCGCUGUGUAAAAACAUCCUCGGCAUACUCAUAAAAACCAUAAGCAUUAUGAUGGAAGGUGCCAACACUGUGCUGCCACAAUUGGUCGCUUGUCUACUGGGUCUGUUGCAGCUCCUCGAUGAGACACAUUACAAACACUACUGGGACGAGUUGAGCCCAAAUAAGGAUCCACGUGAUUUGAAAGAUUUCCUCAGCAAGUCUUUAUUGGUGUUUGAGGAACUGCUCUCGCAAGAUUGGCAAGUGUUCCCUACCGAUUGGCUGAUCAUGAAAUUGGCUUGCAACGAUGUUCUGCGUAAGGCUUUGGAGGAGUUCGCUAAACCAUUGGUUUACCGUUUUCUCGGUCCACAAUCCUUUGACUCACCACUUUGGUGGUCUUACUUCAGUUUGGCGGUAACAUUUCUAACACAGCCCUCACUGCAAUUGGAAAAAUAUCGCGAACCGAAACGUCGAAAGAUUUUGAAUACUCAUGGUGACAUGCGCGUGCUAAUGGGCUUCCAGAUACUAAGCAUGUGGUCACAGUUGGGCGAGCAGAAAUUACACUUUAUACCCUCGAUGGUUGGGCCGUUCUUGGAGGUCACGCUCGUGCCUGAGCAGGCACUGAGAAAAGCGACCCUCACGGUGUUCUACGACAUGAUGCAAUGCGAACAAAGCGCACGUGGUUCAUUCCGCUUAGUGGAGAGUGAACUUAUCGAUAAGUUGGAUCUGCUUAUCAGCGAAAAUAAAGGCGAUGAUGAGUAUCGCGAACUUUUCAGCACAAUGGAACAUCUAAGCUUGGUUUUGCUUGAGAAAGUGCAAUCGGAGAAUCCCAAUUGGAAAGACUCGGGCAUUGCUUUCAUAGCAUCUGUGACGCGUUUAUUGGAACGUCUGUUGGAUUAUCGCAGCGUUAUGCAGGGCGAGGAGAAUCGUGACAAGCGCAUGUCCUGCACAGUGAACUUACUGAAUUUCUAUAAAAAUGAAAUCAAUCGCAAGGAAAUGUAUUUGCGAUAUAUCUACAAACUGCACGACUUGCAUUUGCAAGCCGAAAACUACACAGAGGCCGGCUACACGCUCAAACUCUAUGCUAAUAUGCUCAGUUGGGAUCGGGAAUCGCUCUGCUUUGCGCCUUGUGAUAACACUGGCCAGCCGGAGUGGCAGCGCAAGGAGCGGCUUUAUCACGAGAUUCUGAAAUAUUUCGAUAAGGGCAAAUGUUGGGAGAAAGGUAUACCGUUAUGCAAAGAAUUGGCUGUGCUUUACGAGACACGCCGCUUCGACUACAAUAGGCUCAGUGAAAUACUUAUUUUGGAGGCGAAAUUCUUUCAAAAUAUCUUGACACAGUUGCGGCCGGAGCCGGAGUAUUUCCGCGUUGGUUUCUAUGGUUUGGGUUUUCCGCUAUUCGUGCGGAAUAAACAGUUUGUAUAUCGCGGCUUGGAGUACGAACGCAUUGGUGCUUUCACACAACGCUUGCAAACCGAAUUUCCCACAGCGCAAAUUUUAACCAACAACAGUCCACCGGACAACUCGAUACUCACUGCACCCGAACAGUAUAUACAGAUUAGUAAUGUGCGACCGGUUGGCGAUGCGCAAGCGCUGAAGACGGCAAUGGUGCCGGUGCCGGAGAAAAUUGCUAGAUUCUAUGAAGUCAACGACGUGACGCGCUUCAUCUACGAUCGCCCCAUCUACAAAGGUCCGAUUGAUAAGGAUAACGAAUUCAAAUCACUUUGGAUCGAACGAACGAAACUCGAAAUAUCCAAUCCACUGCCGGGCAUAUUGCGUUGGUUCGAAGUGAAACACAAGUCAGUGCACGAAAUCACACCCGUCGAAUUCGCCUGCGAGACAAUGAACAAUGUUGGCAAAGAAUUAUGGGAUCUGAUAGUACAGUACCGCAGCGAACCAAAACGCAAUAUAAAUCCGUUCUCAAUGCGUUUGCAGGGCAUUAUCGAUGCCAAUGUAAUGGGCGGCAUAAGCAAAUAUCAAGAGGCAUUCUUCUCCGAACAGUUCCUCAAAUCGCCACAAGGUCACGGCCAACAAGCGAAUGUGCAAAAAUUGAAAGCGCUUAUAUUGGAGCAAAUACAAGUGCUGGAGCAAGCCUUAGAGCUGCACGGCACACUGGCGCCAUCGGGCGUACAACCGCUACACAAUCGUUUGCUCGAACGCUUCUCACAGCUAAAGCAAAGCUUAUCGGGACUCGGUCGUUUGAAGCGACAACAUUCGGAUAGUAUAGUUAAUACACCACUGCCACCACUACCAACGGAGAAUCGCACUAUGAGCCUGGGUAAUCCCAAUACAAAUGCUGGAUCCUCAAAUUAUUAUGGUGUGUACGAGCAUGAUGAUAUAUAUACGCGACCGGGUGACACGCUGCGCCCAGUUGAAACUGCAAACACAUUGCUUAUAACUAAUUCAUACCAAAUGCUGAGCAAUGAGAGUAUGAGCACAGUAGAGAUUACGCGUGACAAAGUGCCACCGGUGCCGAAUCGACCGCGUUCGCAGAAUUUCAUGGGCAGCAUGGAUGGGCCAGAGGUGCCGCCCAAACGUAAUACGAAUCAGCCCGGUUCUCCAAGCGCGCCACCGCUACCGCCACGUGGCAUAACACCCGACAAACGCGCCUCAAAUCCGAUUGCAAUAAAUGAUUUCACGAGUAGCCAAUACCCGUCGGCUAGCUCCAUGCCACGUCGCCCACUAUCGGCACACCAUCAACAACAACAGCAGCAGCAGCAACAGCAUGAGCACGGUCAAAAGUAUGCUGUGGUGGAUAUUAGUUUUGACGAUCCCGAAGCCGAUCAACCACCACACUCGCUAACGAGCGUCGGCGAGACACAACAACUGAAUGUGGUCGGUUAUGGGCCAAAUGAUUUUCGUGAUUCCGGCAUCUCAACGACAAGUUCACACGAGCUGAACAACUUGAAUAAUCUAAGCGAAGAGUCAUCGAGCAAUUCCCAAAGCACCGUGCAUCACCGCGAUCACUGUCGCAUGGCGUCGAAUGGCAGUCUCGACAGCGCCUACACAAUCAACGCAACACUCAAUAUAAAUCAACGUGAAAACUCCGCGAAUUCCUUUGAUAUCGAAGAUCUGCCAAUGCCGCCACCACCACCCAUACCACCCAAGUCUUUGAAUAUUACGCAGAACACGACAGAUUCAUCUUCGCUCGACGAGCAGCAUUCGCCAUUGCCCAAAGCAAGCCAAAAUCAAAAUCAUACCACAAGUAACAAUCAUGCACACGCACAUCUACCACCACAUCCACAUCAUUUGCAGCCAAAUUGCAAUCAUAAUCAUAGCAAUACGAAUCGCCAGACGAACGGCAUCAACAACACGCACAACGACGGUUAUACAACACCAAAAACCCAUGACGGCGGCGGCGUUGAUAGUGCCACCGCCAAGGAAACGCACAAUGAUGGCGGCACUUUUUGAGUUGCAAUAUGUCGCUGCCAUCAGCCG